AUGACGGCCACGAGCGACACAAUGCACGCGCGCAAAGGGAAGAAAGCUGCGCGAAAGAGUAGGAAAGACGCAGCCGAGAAGAACGAGCCGGUGGAGGCGCCAGUGACCGAUCAUGUGACCAAGAAGAAGGACAAGAAGAAGGACAAGAAGAAGGACAAGAAGCGCACGCGGGAGGAGACUGAGAUGCGUGCAGAAAGCUCAGUACCACCUGCGAAACAGCACAAGAAACAGCACAAGAAGGAGAAGGACGCGGCCGCGCGCACGACGGACUUUACGGAUGGACCGUAUCAGCAGCCGCCGGCCACGGACGGCAGUUUUCGCAAAGCGUUUUAUACCGAGGGCAGCGAGACGGCCACGAUGACGAACGCACAGGUCUCAGCGUUCCAUGAAGCGAAUCAGAUGAUCCUCAGCGGCAACUCGUGUCUGUACCGGCCCGUACUGAGCUUCCACGACGUGACGUUUGACGCCAAGUUCAUGAGCACGACGAAAGGCUUUGACACACCCACGCCGAUCCAGAGUCAGUGCUGGCCGAUCCUUUCUUCGGGACGGGAUAUCAUUGGUAUUGCAGAGACGGGAUCGGGAAAGACCUUGGCGUUUGCCAUCCCGGGUUUGAUCCACAUUGCCGCCCAGCCAGAAGUGUCGCCGAAGUUUCCUGGUCCACGCAUGCUCGUCGUGGCACCGACGCGUGAGCUUGCCAUGCAGAGUUCUGCGGUCAUCUCCGAGGCAGGCAAGAAGUGUGGACUCAAGAGUGUUUGUAUCUACGGUGGCGUGCCUAAACAGACACAGAAGAAGGCGUUGCGUGACGGCGUGCACGUCGUCGUGGCCACACCUGGUCGUCUCAAAGAUCUAGUCGAAGAACGCUGCUGUAAUCUGUCCAAGGUUACGUUUGUCGUGCUUGAUGAAGCGGAUCGAAUGCUUGACGAGGGAUUUGAGAAGGACAUUCGAUCGAUCAUUGGCAGCACCCAUCCGGAACGACAGAUUGCAAUGUUUAGCGCGACAUGGCCACAAUCGAUCCAGAAACUCGCGCACGAGUUUCUCACGGACCCGGUGAAAGUGACGAUUGGCUCUGAUGAACUUGCUGCCAGUCACAACGUCACGCAGAUUGUUGAAGUGAUUGACGAUCGCGCUCGCGAUGCCCGCGUCCACGUGCUGUUGCAGAAGUACCAUUCGAGCCGCAAGAACCGCGUUCUGCUGUUUGUUUUGUACAAGAAAGAGGCCGAUCGCGUCGAACGUUUGCUACACCAGCGUGGCUGGCACUGUAUCGCCAUUCACGGUGACCGGAGUCAACAGCAGCGCUCUGAAGCUGUUGAGCAGUUCAAAUCUGGCGAGGUGCCUCUGUUGAUCGCAACGGACGUCGCCGCCCGUGGUCUCGAUAUUCCUGGCGUCGAGUACGUCUUGAACUACUCGUUCCCUUUGACGAUCGAAGACUACGUGCACCGCAUUGGCCGUACCGGUCGUGGUGGUAAAAAGGGGAUCGCGCACACGUUUUUCACUGCAAACGACAAGGCGCGCGCUGGCGAGCUUGUGAAUUUGCUGCGUGAAGGCAAUCAGGAGGUCCCAUCUGAUCUGACCAAGUUCGGUACGCAUGUGAAGAAGAAGGAGCACAAGAUGUACGGUGCUUUUGCCAAGAACAUCGACGUCACGAAAAAAGCGACAAAGAUCACCUUUGGCAGCGACGAGGACGAGUAG